UUUACAAAUCUCUAUUCUGAUCAGCGACUCCUAAAAAAAAAACAACUUGCUACCUAUCCGUUUUUUCUUCCUUGCCUCCAUUGUUGAAUACUUCAAGACUCCCAGCUUGUUCAUUUAUCAAACAAAACCUUUCACGCAAUCAAUCAAUGGAGUUAAUGAUGAAGAGAGGUCUUUUAGUUCUCCUUGUUAUUUCCUUUGUAUUACUCUUCCUAUCAAGAUGGAUGCCCAUCACAAAUCCAUUGCUAAGUACUAGUACUCAUAAUCUUACCACAGAGUGUCCGGAAACAACGGGGACGGAUAUUGUUGUCAAGGAUGUUUAUAAUACCAACAUUUCUCACAUACUUUUUGGCAUAGGAGGGUCGAAAAAGACAUGGGCGUCACGAAAACAUUAUACGGAUUUAUGGUGGAAAUCAAACAUAACUCGUGGAUUUGUGUGGUUAGACGAAAACCCGAACAAAAAAGAGUGGCCGAAAAAUUCGCCUCCAUAUCGGGUUUCAGAGAACACGGGUAGAUUCAAGUAUGGGUCUAGCACGUCAAAUCGAAUAGCUAGAAUUGUGUUGGAGAGUUAUAAAUUGAGGUUGAAGAAUGUGAGAUGGUUUGUCAUGGGUGAUGAUGAUACUGUUUUCUUCACUGAGAAUUUAGUAACUGUGUUAGCAAAGUAUGACCAUAAUCAAAUGUAUUAUAUAGGUGGAAAUUCAGAGAGUGUGGAACAAGAUAUGAAGCAUACUUAUGGUUUAGGCUAUGGCGGUGCUGGUUUUGCUAUUAGUUAUCCUUUGGUGAUGGAGUUGGUAAAAAGACUGGAUGGGUGUAUUGAUAGGUAUUCUUAUAUGCAUGGUUCUGAUGAGAGAAUUGGUGCCUGUUUAGCUGAAAUUGGGGUUCCCCUAACCAUAGAACUUGGCUUCCAUCAGGUAGAUAUUCGAGAGGAUCUGUACGGUUUAUUAGCUGCACACCCAAUCACACCACUUGUAUCUCUGCAUCACCUUGACGACGUGAAGCCAAUUUUUCCAACUAGUGCUAAUCAAAUUGAUUCAUUGAAGAGGCUGAUGGCAGCGUACACGUUAGAUCCAGGACGAAUCUUACAGCAAAGCAUCUGCCAUGAUUUAAAACGGAAAUGGUCUGUGUCGGUGUCUUGGGGUUACACUGUUCAGGUAUAUCCAUGGUUAGUGUCAGAUAAAGAACUCGGAAUUGCAUUUCAGACGUUUCAAACGUGGACGAGUCGCGGAAACGAACCUUUCACAUUCAAUACUCGCCCCAUGAGACCUGAACCUUGUGAUCGACCACUUGUUUAUUUCCUAGACAACGUAAACAAUGACGGAGUUGAAGAAAAUAACAGAACGUUGACUUCAUACAAGAGGUUUGUACCUAAGCCAGGAGGGAUCGACUGUAACCGGGAUGACUUCCGCUCGGCUUUAGCUUUACAUACUGUUAACGUUACAUCCCCAAGGAUGGAUCCUGUUGAGUGGAACAAGGCACCGCGGAGGCAGUGCUGCGAGAUUACCAGCCCCAUGGACGGAGAGGAUAACUUCAUUAUUCACAUUAGAAGUAAAAGAUGCAAUUUCUAAGACCUCGUAAGGUACACCUCCGGCGCCGCAGAGAGAAUUACUUGAAGCCCUACAAAGGCCAUCUCCCUUUCCCAUAUUGAAAGCCGUAAAAGCCGUUUAGCUUCCAUGUCAAACAUCAACCUUUUUUCUGUAAACAACUGUAAAAAUGGAAUGACGACUAACAUCAAUAUCAACGCCGAUUAAAAUUGCUGUUGAUCUAAAACUCCGGUAGUCACCGACUGUUAUUUUUAUUUUCAUGAGUAUCCUGCAGCUCCACUAUUUUUAGUUCCUCAAUUUUCCCUUGGAUCUAAACAGAUUCAAAUAGCUUUUAAGAU